AUGAGCCACCAGGCCAAAGAUAAUCUGGUCCUGGGCGACAGUUUGUCGGUUGCCCUGACCAGUGGGAGCUGCAUCACUAGUGUUACUAGUUUGUGUGCAUACAAGUCACGGGUGCUGGCGCCGGUGUUUUUUUGCACCCACUGGGCAUUGAAACCCUGGUCCAAGGCCAGAAAUAUGUGCAUGGACAUCAUUGGAGGAAGGGAGGCCAUGCCCCAUUCACGACCAUACAUGGUGUUUAUAAGGACUGCAGAAAGGGGAAUAUGUGGCGGCACUUUGAUUACAUCAAACUGGGUUCUAACUGCAGCUCACUGUUCUGUUAGUAAUGCAAAAGUGAUUCUUGGAGCCCAUUCCAUUAGGAACUAUGAAGUAGAAAAGCAGAGGAGAGCUGUGCUACAUGCCUUUCCACACGAGCUCUAUAAUGCAAACACAUUUGAUUAUGAUAUCCAGCUGUUACAGUUAACAGAAAAUGCGCAACUUGGAAAAUAUGUGAAUGUCUUGCCAUUGCCUAAAAAAGAGAAAUUUCCAAAACCUGGGAGUGUUUGUGAAACCGCUGGAUGGGGUUAUACAUCAAAUAUUUAUAACAAACUGUCAGACAAAUUAAUGGAAGUCAAUGUAACAGUAAUGAAAAGGCGAGCAUGUGCUAAUAUCUGGCAACUAAAAGGACAAGAAAGUAAGAAUAUAACCCGCAAUAUGAUCUGCACCAAAGAGAAGACAAAUAAGGGAACCUGUGGGGGAGAUUCCGGAGGACCAUUAAUCUGCAAUGGAACUGUCAGAGGAGUAGCAUCUUUUGGUGACUUUGAAUGUGGAGUGCCUGGAGACGCAAGUGUAUACAGUUAUCUCAACAGGCAUAUAAAAUCAUGGAUAAAGAAAAAAAUAUGA